AUGUCCAUAGAUUCGUCGCGAUCAUCUCCCCUCCUAGAGAAGCUCACACCACCGGGCUCUCCAAGAUCACCGACAUCAGCGGACACGUCACAUUCUUGGUUGGAGCGCAACCCGGACUAUCGCUUUGAAGUGCUCACUGAUGGCAAUGAACUACCGUAUGUCGAGUACCAUUUCGGACCCGAGGGCUUCAACCGUCCGGAUAUCGUCGAUUUCUACCGCAAUGUCCGCGCCACCAUAGUUCGCGCCGACCUCCUGCGCUACAUGAUUAUGUACGCAGAAGGUGGUGUGUAUGCUGACAUAGACGUUGAGGCUAUAAAGCCUAUGUCGAGGUUUAUACCGGACCGCUACAACGUGCGUGACAUCGAUAUGGUUGUUGGUGUCGAAAUUGAUGAGCCGGAUUGGAAAGACCACCCUAUUCUGGGUCCAAAGUCCCGUUCUUUUUGUCAGUGGACAUUCAUGUGCAAGCCGCAAAUUCCUGUUAUGAUGCGCCUCAUCGAACAGAUUAUGCACUGGUUGAAUGGCGUCGCGCAGCGGCAGGGUGUAUCAAUAUCGGAAGUUGUUUUGGACUUCGAUGAAAUAAUCACGGGCACUGGUCCAUCCGCUUUCACUGAAGCCAUACUGGAUUAUAUAAACGAAGGACGUGCCGGCAAUAAUCUGGUCUCCUGGGACCAUUUUCAUGACCUCAGCGAAUCAAAGCUUGUCAGUGGUGUACUGGUGCUCACAGUUGAGGCCUUCGCUGCUGGACAGGGACAUUCUGAUUCUGGAAACCACGACGCCCGUGCCGCCUUAGUCCGGCACCAUUAUCACGCUUCUAACUGGCCUAGCCGGCAUCCUCGUUACAGGCACCCAGUGUAUGGCGAGGUAGAGAAGUGCAACUGGAACGACGACUGUGUCCAUCAAUGGGAUGCAGAUGUUGCGGCAUUUAAGAACCUGCCAGAGAACGAACAACGUCGCCUUAUCGAAGAGCACGAACGUCAAGAGAAGGAAAAAGAGGAGGAGGAUAGACGAAGACUAGAACAACAGGAGGAGGAGGAACGACGCAAUCGGGAAGACGAGGAAAAUCGUCGUGCAGCCGAAGAAGAAGAGCGAAACAGGCGCGAAGAACAAAAUAAGUUGGAAGAAAAGGCAAACAACAAGCCCGCAACUGCGGAUGAGAAAAAAACAGAAACCGAGCGCGAAGGCAAGCAGCAACAAACCUAA